AUGGCCGUAGUCUCUCUCAAACCCUCCAAACCCAAACCCAAACCCACAAGGCUUUACGAAGUCUGGAAGGGAAACAAUAAAUUUUUGUGUGGCGGAAGAUUAGUCUUGGGUCAUGAUGCGUCAUCUCUUUUUUUGACAUCAUUCCUAAUUGGAUGUCCUGCGAUAACAUUCUGCGUGAGAAUGUUUUUUCACACAAUCAAAGGGGGCAAUCCUCUCUAUGGCUAUCCUGUACUUAUCGGAGGAGCAAUCCUCACAAUUUUGGCCUUUACUUUUCUCUUCUUAACAUCUGCUAGAGAUCCAGGAAUUAUCCCCAGAAAAGCACCAGGAGAAGAAGCAUUUGACUUAAAUACACCAUCUAUGCGGUGGAUAGACAACAGAAAUUUCAGUGCCAAAUUACCUAAAGUGAAGGAUGUAAAAGUCAAUGGCCAUACAGUGAAGGUGAAAUUCUGUGAAACUUGCUUGCUCUUUCGCCCACCACGUGCUUCACACUGUUCUAUUUGCAACAACUGUGUGCAAAAGUUUGAUCACCACUGCCCUUGGGUUGGUCAGUGUAUUGGACUGCGCAACUAUCCAUUCUUCAUCCUAUUCAUAUCAUCAUCAACCUUGUUGUGCAUAUAUGUGUUUACAUUUUCUUGGGUUAAUCUUCGUCAGAGAAAGGGCACCUUGUGGCACAAUAUGUCACACGAUGUCAUAUCAGUUGUUCUCAUUGUAUACUGCUUCAUAUGUGUCUGGUUUGUGGGUGGCCUAACUGUUUUCCAUCUCUACCUGAUUUCCACCAACCAGACAACUUAUGAGAAUUUCCGGUACCGCUAUGAUAAGAAGGAAAACCCACACACAAAGGGACUGUUAAGUAACUUCAAAGAAAUUUCGUGUUCUAAGAUCCCUUCUUCACUGGUCAACUUCAGAGCGUUGGUUACAGAAGAAGGUGCACCAGGUGUUACUUCAGAUCUUGAAAGAAGCCUUAUAAGUUCCAAACAAAAAAUGGAUGCUGAAAUGGGAGGAAAGUAUGGCAAGGAUGGCAACAUGCUAAUGCCAAGUAUGUUAAAUGAUUUGGACUGCAAUAGCAUCGAUGAUCAUCUGAAGAAGAAGGCAGGAGAAAAAGAAGCUGCAUUUGAUAUUUUCGUUCCUACUAACCAAGAGCUAAAAUAUUCCCAGCAGAAAUCGCCAAAGGGAGCCAGCACUGCACAAUACAAGGAAAAGCGAUAGCUCCUUCAGAUUACAUUGCUGUUUCUUAAGAGAGAUCCUUCUGGGGCAUUUGCUGCAAGGGGUUAUAUGUAGAUAAGGGGUUUCAAGGUAAGCAUGCUGAUUUGUCGUGACUGAAGUGGCAUGGAAUGAUGUAUAAUGGAAAAUAGAAAAGAAAAAAAAGAAACGAAGUGAAUUAAAUGAAGUAACUCUUCAGUUUCUCCCCCUAUGAAAACCAGGUUAUACUUUCUUUACUCAAAAAGGCAAAAAAGAUUGACCAGGUUAUUGUAAAUUGGCGCAUGCAACGGAAUUUCUAGAUGAUGGAUGACUUGGCGUCUUCUCUUUCUGUGGUCGGAAUGGAUUAUUGAUUUUGUAAAGUCUCUAAUUCUUUUGGGUAAAGAAGCCUUGUGCAUUCCUCUCUCUCUCAAGUCUCAGAUCAAUCUCCUUCCCCACCUUCUCUUCCCCCCUCCGCACAUUUGGUCACAUAGACGGGUUGUGGAGUGUAUAUUUAUUGUCAAAGAAUAACACACCAGAUUUUCCUAUGGUUGUCCCCAUUGUGUAUGAAUGGUU